AUGGGCCAAUUAUGGAUGUUUUAUCUGAUUGGUCUGAAACUGAUAAUCCUUCAAGUUUCUGUGAGGUCCGAAGCAGUGGAUCCAACCCAAGGAUUCGCCCCUGUUCCUUUGCACAACUCAAAUUUUAAGGUACAGAAGCCCUAUGAUGUGGCAGUGAACAAGCGUUACAGCUUUGUGAAUGGAGUUCACAAAUUACGGGUGUACUCUACAGACAAGCCUCUCAGCCCUGACAGCCACACCCUACCUCGUACUGAGAUCCGAGUAACAGGACAUGAUUACACAUCUGGGGUGUGGCAAUUUGAAGGGUAUGGAUACGUGCCAAGUGGAACAAGUGGGGUAUCCAUAAUGCAAGUGUUUGGAGCAAGGCCUCCUUCUGCUUCAACCCUUCAGCUUAGGGUUUAUGAUUCUUCUCUCACAUAUUACAGAUCCCCUGUCCUCCUUCACAACAUGCACAACAGAUGGUUCCGACUCAACGUCAUUCAUGACACCGACGCCUCCAUUGUUAAGGUUUACAUCGGCAGAGUUCUCAAGUUCAAAGGAUCUGCUCGGGGACACGCCUCUCAUUACUUCUAG